CGGAGGGCUUCUUUUCGAAUCACACUUCAGCACUACUCUUUCCCUCUUUCCGUUCUUUGUGUGGAUCGAUUGAUCUCAAAAACCAGAAUUGACAUGAAAGGAUCGGAGGAAAGCUCUUAUUUGAUGAAAAUCAAGGAACUGCGAACGGUAUGUGACGUAGAGAUUCCCAUCCGCCAGCAAAGAUUGGACUCCAUCGCCGUUUUCCUCACUUCUCUCGACUCAUUGAAGGAAAAAUCAAAGGAAACUCUUCAAAAUCAAGGAAAUACUGGAAAGUUAAAAGCUACUCUUAGAGAUGCAGACGAUGAACUGGUGGAGGCUCUUGGAGUCAAGACUCGCAAAGAGGCGGCAUGGAUGGCUAUAUUGGACACUUUAUCUGCUAGACGGAAAAAGGUAAGAGAGCUCAAACAAUUUGUGGAGGAGGCAGCAGCAAGGAAGUAUGAGUAUGCCGAUAUAAUUGCCACGCAAGCUAAGGCUCUUUUAGCAUGUGAAGAGAAACACAAGAAACAAAUUGAACAAGAAGGGGGAACAGACGAUGUCAUUUCAUGGUAUAAUGGGGCACUUGGCUUCCGAAUUGAAUGCGGACAUGGAGUAAAAUUCAUCUUUACAAACAUAGAUGAGAAGAAUCCAAAGGAAGAGUACUCCUUCACCGUUCGAUAUGACAACGAUUCAUACAGCUUGCUUGAGUGUGAUCCAUUAUUGAAGGAUACCAAAGAAUUGGUUGCUGAAUUAAACAAAAGCAAUGGAUUGUUCAAGUUUGUCAGGAUAAUGAGAGAAAAAUUUGUAGAAGCUGCAGGACAUGGAAUUGUUUGUCAAGGGGAGAAAUCUGUUGAACAAUAUAGUUCUACAAUUGCUGCAUCUGCUCCUGUUUCAUCUGCUUCAACAGACAGUAACAGUGAAAUUCAACCUAUAGAAUCAAAAAGAAAAUUCAUGGGAAGAGGUUCUAAGCCAACAAUUCUAUCCCCUGAAUCUGCAUUAUCUCUUCGGAGAUCUCCUCGAUUCAAGGGCAAGAGGUGAAACCCCUAUAUUCUCUUCUGGAAACAGCCUAUUUAAUAACAUUAUUGUUAACCUGACAACACCUCGUUUUGGGAUCUGAUUCGCGAAGAAGGUAGGGUUCUAAGUUUGAAAUCAUUUUUAUGUUAGGGGUCAUGUCUUGAGAAACAAAUGUUGUCAAGUUUAUUAUUUGUGUAACCUGUUACAAGUUUCUACUUCAACAACCAUCUGUGUAGUAUAUUGUGCGUGAUAUCUGCUAGCUUCUGAAGAUGUUUUUUAUGUGCAGUUUCUCAUCCUGAAUCGAAAGGGUUUCAAUUGAAGAUUAUUAUAUGAUUUUUCUUUUACGGAAACUGUGUUUGUGAACUUA